AUGGACACCACAAAUCCUACAAAUGUGGCAUCAACAAUGGUUAUGGUACCCUUUUGCAGUGAACAUCCUGCAGACCCUGUGAAGUUCUUGUGUCUAACUUGCAACAACAUGGUAUGCCGGAACUGUGUGGUGAGAGAACGGCACAGAAACCACAGGUACCUUUCCAUCAUAAAUGCAAGUGCUAAAGAGCGACAAGCUAUCCAAGGGAGCAUAAACAGUACAAAGAAAAAGAUGGCAGCUCUUCGUGGCUCCAUAGUUUGGGUUUCAGAAAUGCAGAAACAAGUGGAAAUAAGAGCUUCUGAAGCGGAACGAGAGAUUGACCACCUCAUCAACCAAAAUAUAGCAAUCUUAAACGAUAAACGAGCCCGGCUUAAAAAAGACGUCACUGUGUUGCGUGACAAGAAGGUUCAAAAGCUUGAAGAUCAGCAGGAAGCCUUGAAACAUGCUUUGGAGGAUAUUAACAAGGGAGUGGAAUACACUGAACAUGCUUUGGGCCGUAUGUCAGACAUUGAAGUUGUAACUAUGAAAAACCAGCUUUCUGGAGUACUGGAUUUUAACAACUUUGCUCUGCAGUGGGAACCAUGUCGCACAAGCAAUUUCUCCAUAGAAGUUGACAACUCUUUAGCAGUCAAUGCUAUUGUUGACAAGAUGGCACAUAUAAGUGAUAAGGAUAUUCAGGAGGGUAGUCAGUAUUUUUUGAGCAUGCUGGGAGGGAAGGAUGGUGAGAUUUUUACCUCAAGGUGUCAGCAGAGGUCCUACUUUGUUGUGAUGACAAUGGAUAGGCACAGAAAAACAAACAAAGUUGUUCCAAGCUUAGUGAAAGCACAAGUCACUCUUCCAGGUGAAAAAGAGCCACAAAAUGUCAUGAUGGGCAGUGAGAAUGAAAAUCACACAUUCUCAUAUCACCCUACCGCGCAAGGUACCUAUACUUUACAAGUGUCUGUCGCAGGACAUCGUAUCUCAGAGAAUCCAAUAUGCUGGAAGGUGGACUCUUCCGUCUAUAUUCUUGACUCUGACUGUGCUGUUCUUCCAGCUGAGGUCUACAGCCAAGAGCAGGAAUCACUAACAGGAUGUUGGUUCAAACAUGGUUGGCAUUCAUGGCAGGUUCGAAUUUUAGCUCCUGGCAAGCUCAGAAGGUGCUCUGACACAGCAGCAUUCGAAGUAGGUGUCACCAAUGGUCAUCGCACCUGGUGUUGGAGCGAUGGCAAGAAAUACUAUCCUAAUUCACCUGCUAUUGUCAGCUCAAUCGGUAAGUGGCAGUGUGGGGACUUGCUUUUGUUUUACCUUGAUUUGGAUUUCAAACAACUUGUCAUCUAUAAUCAGCGGUCAAGUGAAUGGGAUGCUUGGGAUGGGAUUCAGGUCCCUAUUCGCCCAUACCUCAGCCCCCAGUCUAGUAAAUACUUUGGAGUUAACUAG